GGCGCCCGGCGGUGCCGCCGCCGUACUCGGACAGGAAGCGCCGCGCCACGGCCCGCACCGAGCCCGCCAUGGCCGCCGCCGCCACUGCGCACGCGCCGCGCCGCCCUCCCGCACCGCGCGUGCGCGCGCCGACGUAGCGUGCCUCAGUUUCCCGUCCUGGGCUGCGAGGAAACACCGAGCUGGUCCAGCACUGCGUGAGCAUCUCACACACAGCAGCACUCCUCAGGAGAACAGGGCAAUAUGGAGCCAGCAGAGGAGCAAGAUGCAGGAAACCACACCCUGCUGACUGGAUUUGUCCUCUCUGGAAUGUCCAGCCGCCCAGAGCUUCAGCACCUGCUGUUCUUCACAAUCUGCUUCGUUUACAGCAUGACUCUCAUCGGGAACCUCCUCAUCUGCAUGGUCACCGUGCACCCCGCCCUCCACAUGCCCAUGUACUUCUUCCUCCGCGUCCUGUCCUUCCUGGACAUUUCCACAGCCUCAGUCGUUGUCCCCAAGAUGCUGGCGAGCCUUGUGUCAGAGGACAGGAGCAUCUCCUACCUGGGCUGUGUCACGCAGCUCUACUGCGUGGUUUUCCUGGCGGCCACCGAGUGGUACCUGCUGGCAGCCAUGGCCUACGACCGCUACGUGGCCGUGUGCAGCCCCCUGCGCUACCCGGCCAUCAUGAACACCAGAGCCUGCCUCGCCCUGGUGCUGCUCUCCUGCUGCAGUGGCCAGGUCGUGUCGGUGGUGCAGACGGCCUGGGUGUUCACCCUGUCCCUGUGCGGGCCCAGGAGGAUCAACUACUUCUUCUGUGACAUUCCCCCGCUGCUGGUGCUCGCCUGCACGGACACGUCGCGCUACGAGAAGCAGCUCAUCUCCGCCACGGCGCUCGUCAUCUUCACGCCCUUCUGCCUCAUCCUGCUGUCCUACAGCUGCAUCAUCUCCAGCAUCCUCAAGAUUUCCUCUGCAGAGGGCAGGCACAAGACCUUCUCCACCUGCUCCUCACACCUCACCGUUGUAACGUUGUACUGUGCGAGUGGGACCUUGAUUUACUUGCAGCCGAAAUCCAGUAGUUCACAAGACACGAAGAAAAUCCUUGCUCUCAUAUACACAACUGUAGUUCCCACAUUAAACCCCCUGAUUUACAGCCUGAGGAAUAAAGAGGUGAAAGAAGUACUAAUCAGAGUGAUGGCAGUGUUGAUGAAGAAAUAAAG